AUGAUCAAAGGAAGGGAAGGGCAGCCCAAUAAGGAGUCAAGGAACAAGUAUAUUAGGCGUCUAAGAAAGAGAAAAACGCGAAAAUCCAAAAGGACUGAGGACCUGGAGAUAGGACGACAAGAAGGAGGCAAUAGAAGCACGUCUCCAGGACUCAGAUACAAAUGCAACCAAGGCUGGCUAAAGAAGAACAUGAUUCCAAUUAAGAUAUCAGUCCAAGAGGAGAGCCUCACGCAGGAGAAGAGAGGAGUAGUGCUGGACACGAGAAACAGGAAUCUCCAAAUUAAGGGACUGACUGGCAAGACAGGAACACCCGGGCAGAUAUCCAACAACAGACCAAUCAGAGGCAAAAACCCAACAGCGAAGGAAUCGGAGGCAUGA